AACAUUAGAGUUGACAUUGACAUUUGACAUUUUGUUUUUUAUCGUUCCGCUUCGAAAUUUUUCAUUGAUUUUAUCUUUCAUAACCGAAUUAACUAAAAUGUUGAGUGUACGUACGACCGCACUAAAAUUGGCAAAUUUAUCUGGUUGGAAAAGAAAUUUUUCAAACACUUUAUUAAAAGCGGCGACGUUCAAAGUGCAGGAUGACAAAGAUUUUUCCGAAAAGGUCGAGAAUAGUAAGGAUCCCGUUAUUGUUGACUUUUUCGCUACAUGGUGUGGUCCUUGCAAAGCACUUGAACCCCGCCUAGAAAAUAUUGCUGCAAAACGUCAAGGGAAAAUACAAAUUGCCAAGGUUGAUGUGGAUGACUUAGGAGAAGUUGCAGCCAAAUAUGAAGUUGGUACAAUUCCUGCUUUGGUUGUGUUUCGUAAUGGUAAAGUUCAAGAAAGAUUGAUUGGAUUACAGGACGAAGAUAAAUUGAGCAUGUGGGUUGAUAAAGUUAUGGAUGGUAAAGAGAAGUAAUAGUUAACGAUGGUUAACAUUGAUGAAGUAGAUCCAUAGGAAUGUACAUAUAGGAAAAGUGUUGAUUAAUUCACUUAAUAAAUCCACCAUUAUUAAAUUAUUUUUGUUAAAUCUUGAAUAAAAGAAAAAUGGAGUCAUA